UGGACGCGUUAUCUCGAGGUUGCAGGUUCAGUCUCUGCCGGCGGCGAGUUGUCCUUUUAUCCGCUUUAAUUUCUUCACAUUGAUAUCAUAGUUACUACAGAUAACGCCCCCUAUACUUUCCUUGGCUUCAUUGUUUUGUUGGUUUUCAUUAAAGUUGUGUCUAUCAAAGAAAAACAAAUUCCCCUUACUUUGUUCUUGUCCAGCAGAGUGAUUUCUGCCACGCUCUUUCCAAUGCUAAGCCAAUGCUUUUGUAGAUAGGGAUGAUGCUGGAAGCAUGUCCUUUAGCUCUGCAAUACACAUCCUGGUCUCAGAAGCUCUAUCUGGCCCACUGAUAUCAUUCUCCAUGGCCGCCUGGCAUUGCUGACUAAUGGUUGAUGAGGUGUCUGACAUUUUGAUUUCAUUGAGGGACAGCGCUCAUACUUCAUGCUAAGUACAAAACAGUAUGCUCCUUUCAUCCAAGUAAGUUUGGCCCAUAGCCACCACAUUUACAGAAGUAUAGAAACGCAUAUGCGAAGGAGCGAGACUUAAGUUAGGCAAAGAAAAAAGCAUCUUGUCCUUCGUUGAAAUCAAACUUGCUGCUUUGUGCACAGAUAUGUUGCACUAAGGUUUUCAUGAAAAACAGUAUCGUCUAAUGACUAAGCAACUUCAUUUACCAUGUCAAAGUGUUGCAGGGCUGACGUGGUGACACACCAAUGCACACAAAAAGGGUUGUCACUUAUGUCCUUCCUUUUUUCAUUUUUUAAUGUCUUGCUCAGCCUUUUUACCCUUUGUUUUGGUACUGUAGAACCAAAAGAGUUCAUUGUUCUUGCUAAUAGCUGCAUUUGCGGGAGGAUAUCAUUGUGGCAGUGUCGUACAAGGUAUGAACAGCUCAUUCAUUGAACCUUCUUUUUUUUUCUACCAAUUCCAGUUUUAUCAAAACAGCCAGUGCCAUCGAUUGAAUCCAAUUGUGAAAGUGAUAGCCUUAUCAUGCAACAGCCAUUUGGCCAAGUUCCUGCUGCCUUCCCAGCUGGCCGGCAGAGUGAUUUCCCCUUCUUGAAUCUUGAGGAUGAGCAAACAACGAUAGAAGACACUCUCGGAUACUUCAGUGAUGGACUGCGACAAACGGCAUUCCAAAAUGACUGCGUUGGCGCUUCUGCUGCAAGCAGCAAUGUUGUUCACAGUAUUAGCGCUGAUAGGGAAAGAGGACUGCCGUUGCUUCCUGAAUGGUCAAUUGCGAGCGAUUCCAUGUCACCGGAGAUAACUCUUUCGCGACAGGAAGAUCUGACUGUGACCAACCAACAACCAGCUGAACGCACCAGGAGGUCUGGGGUCAUUGCGCGUUCGUCCGGAACUUGGCAUCCGCAACAACAGCAUUCAUUGAGCCAUUCACCGAGGCGGCAGCAGUACCGAUGCCCCACCUGCCGCAAGAUCUUCACCCGAAAGCCUAACUUGAUGGCACACAUCCGAGUGCAUACAGGAGAAAAGCCUUUCAAGUGUCCCUACUGCCCUCGCGACUUCUCCGACAGAAGCAACGCCAGGAGGCAUGUGCUUACGCACAGAAGCCGUGCUCAGCGAAUAUUGUAGCGUACGGUAGAAGAGUGCAAGCUUGACAGAAAACCAGACAGAGGUCACGGCAACAUGGCCGCGACAACUGUGUGCCACGGAGUUCGUGUCAAAAACUGCGUUACUUGUUUCAGUCGCCGCAUUUCAAGACUCACGCGAGAGCCCAUAUUUAAUUCAUCAGUGCUAUGGUAACUUCACAAAGUGAAGCCGUCUUGUAAUGUGCAUUAAUUGUUAAUUUCGCAGUGUAUGCAUGAGUUAGGUCAUCGUGCAGGAGAGUGCACAAUAUUGAGGAAGCAGUGACAGAUAUCUCUGGGGAUCGAUUCUGUAGCUUCUCGCAUAUGGGAAGCCUUGGAUCUGGUACUGUUGUGCCAUUUACAUAGCAGUGCAGUCAUAGUUGAAUCGGCGCUUCUUGUUGGAAGAGUACGCAAUGUGAUUUUUCACCACAUUUGUCUCACCAUGCAGUUGUGAACGUGGCAAUUUCUGCAUGAUUGCAAUCACGUGUGCGAUCAGCACAAGGAACGCUUCAUGUGAAAUACUCUAACGUUUGGUGCACAUCAACAGAAUUGCAAAAAAAAAAAAAAAAAAAAUCUAGGUGUCUAUUUAAAGGGACACUAAAGAGCAAAGCGAUUUUUCUCGCAUUAGUAAAGUGGUCUUCCACGAUACCAAAAAACACCACGCUUGCUGCGAGAAGACGCUUAAUAAGCGAGAAAACGCGCAAAAAGAAAAUACAGGUGGCGACGCCACCUUGGAAUUCCCGCACCAUUUACCGUGACGUCACAUAUUUUUGACGGCGCCUGCUUGGGCCUACGUAGUUCCUAAUCGGCUAAAUCGAAGUACAUUGUCCUCUGUGGGGGCCAGAGACUUGAUAAAACGAGUUUGUGGAAAUUUCGUCGAGCCAGUAUCGCCAAAAUACGUUAAAUGCUCUUUGAAAUGUUUUACGUCACGAAUUACAAAGUUCGGCGCGAAAUUUAAAAAUGAAACUUUGAACUUGGUUUUCUCCGCUAAUAAUAAACCUAUGGUGGUGAAAUAAACUACACAAGUGUUCUCCGAGCACACUUUAUCAAUCUAAACCAAUUCAUUGUUUCUCUUUAGUGUCCCUUUAAGACCUGACUAACAUCUUACAUCAGCUUACAUCGUUCGGUGGAGGGUCCAUUGAUUGAUAGAAAUAAGAAGGUGCCAUGCGAUCCUAGAUGUUGUGUUUCGGCGCUCAUGAGGAUUCUAGUCAUCCAUCGUUUUCGCUGUUUGAAAUAGUACAGCAGCAAAGCAAAUGUCAUUGAGGUAAUAUUAUAUCUUGAAGGAAUGUGCGUGAUGCUAAUUGUGCGAAAUUCGCACCCACCUAUAACAGUUGAAAUCAGUUUUAGCAAUCCGUCGAUUCUGAUUGUGUGAAUUCGUACACAGCCAAACCCACUCAUAACAGUACCGGUUUUAACAAUAUAUUGGGUUGAACUUUUGUAUGAUUUCUUUAAAGGGACCGACAACUGCCCAGAAUAAGAAAUGAGUUGACUCUACUGAUGUAACGAUUGUCCGUCGGAUUGACUCAAACCAACCGUUUUUUUUUCGUGAGAGAUGGAUUUAUAUUUUUAUUUCUUAAUUGAAAUUUGCGAAAAAUGACCUGUGGCGGCAAAAACAUGAAUGAUCCGAUGAAGAUGGC